UCUGUUAUCUCAUUCGGUAGCUGGAAAAAACAAUGCGUAGAUCAGGGCUAAUCCUGAGUGUGCUGUUUGUGUUUUUAAAUGUUGGUGUUAGCGUGGGUAGUUUGGCGAUGCACGGACACCUUCAGUCUCCACUGUAUCCAAACCCGUAUCCUGCUAAUCUCCAUAAGCAGUGGGAUCUAGAGGUUCCAUCUGGUUAUCAGCUCCAGAUCAGCUUUAAUUACCUGGAUAUCGAACCCUCGGUGAACUGCUACUAUGACUAUCUCAUGGUUCUUCACAGUAAGAAAAUUUUGGGAAAGUUCUGUGGCAGGAAUUCCACUGACCCUCAUCAUCCUGGCAACAAGAACAUUGUGUCUCCAAGCAACCGUCUCCAGGUGGUUUUUGUGACGGAUGAAACGAAUUCAGAAAAUCACCUUGGCUUUUCUGCCUUCUACCAGGCCAUCGAUAUUGAUGAAUGUUCGUCUACUAGUUUGGAUCCGGAUUCUCGCUGCUCUCAGAUCUGCCUCAACACGCUGGGCUCGUACCUGUGCACCUGUUACCAUGGUUACCACCUGCGGGGUGACCAGCGCACCUGUGUGUUGGACUGUGGUGGGGGUGUGUUUAAGGAACUGGAGGGAGGUUUAUCAAGUCCCGGUUAUCCGAACAGUGCCCCCCUCGGCCAGAACUGCCUUUACACCAUCUCUGUUCCACCAGGAUUCCAAAUAACGCUCAACUUCUCUGAAAAUUUCCAAAUUGAGCACAUUCAACACCAGGAACCAGUUUGCCUGUUUCACUGGCUUAAGGUUUCUGUACCGGGUGAAACGCCAAAAAAGUUUUGCGGUAAUAAAAGUCCUGGCAUCAUAACCACUAAUUCUCAUUUAGUAGAUCUGGAAUUUCACACUGAUGGAGCUGGAGAAAGUCGCGGAUUUAGCCUUCGAUACACAACCAACAGGGUGGAGUGUAAACUAGAGAGAAAAAUCACUAAUGGAAAAAUCACUCCAAAUUUCCCAAAAUAUUUCUACAGAGAUUACAUUUACAUACGCUGUGACAAUGGAUACAAACUCAUGAUGGAAGGAAAAGAGAUCAGCAGUUUUAAAACCAUGUGCCAGGAAGAUGGGAGGUGGCAUUUGUCUUUACCUCAGUGCCAGAUUAUUGAUUGUGGGGAACCGAAAGAUCUGCGGAACGGUGGAAUCAAUUUUCUGUCUGGAUCUGGGAACGAAUAUAAAUCAGUCAUUCAGUAUCACUGCAAUGAACCUUUCUACACUUUCAACCAAGCUAACAAAGUAAGUUUCACCUGCACUUUAAAUCGCAAGUGGAAAGCAGAGGGAAAUGACAUUGAAGAAAUCCCAAACUGCUACCCAGUGUGUGGACGUCGUAAUGUAAGCCUAUCAGUGAGUGGCCGGGUUUUUGGAGGAGAAUUGGCAGAGAAAGGAAUGUUUCCGUGGCAGGUGUUUCUGAUUACUCAUGGACGAGGAGGAGCGAUUGUGGUCGGAGAAAAAUGGAUUCUCACAGCAGCGCACAAUCUGGAGAAAAGCUCUAAAGAACGUGUAAAGUCGUAUGUUGGGAGCAACAUUGUAACUGAACUCUUAAAAUCUGAACCACUUCCUGUUGAAUCAUUGCACGUCCAUCCAGAGUUUAAAAUCUCUGAUUUUAAUAAUGACAUUGCACUAAUUAAGCUACAAUCACCAAUCACAUUUAAUGAGAAUGUAAUGCCGGUGUGUCUUCCUGAACAGGAUGGUCAGUCUGGAAAUAUGGGGACAGUUUCUGGAUUUGGACUGACUGAAGAGCAAAACACUGCUGAUGCUCUCAGAUAUGUCAGACUUCCAAUAGUGGAUCAGCAGGUUUGUCAUGAGUCCCUCAAUAAAGCAAGACAAAUUGUUCCGAAUGUUUAUCCUCUUACAGAGAACAUGUUCUGCGCUGGACUUCCCGAAGGAGGAAAUGACACCUGCAGGGGUGACAGUGGCUCUGCAUUGGUGAUAAAAAAUAACGAUGUUUUUCAUGUAGCAGGAAUCGUUAGCUGGGGGGUAGACUGCGGCAAACCAGGAAGAUACGGUGUAUAUACACGGGUUACACAAUACACAGACUGGAUACGGAAAACCAUGGAGGAAAACUAACAGCUGGAACAGAAAAUGAUGUUUGACUCAACAUUUUAUUUGAUCCAGAUCAGCUGUUUAUUAUAAAAUCUAAUGCAAUGAUUAUAUUUUAUAACUUCAACUUUUCAGGAAUUAAGAGCUGUAUUUUACACAAUAGCACAGCAACACACCACCUGAAUAUAAGAGCCACAAAAACAAAGUAAAAAGUGUUUCUAAAAAUUAAAGAAUCUGAAUGAA